GAGAGAAGCUGCCGGCAAGAAAGCGCGCUGUCUUGAUGUUCCCCAAGAUAUCCAGGUGAGAGAAGCACAAAAAAUUCUCAUGGAUAAUACAUUUCGGGAAAGCACUGCCAGAUGUCAGUAACUGAGGGCCCAGCUGCCACCAAACAGAAGAUGGAGAAACCCUUGCAGCUGGUUUACAACAUAGAUGAGAAGCUGGUACUUAACCCAAAUGCUCUGAAGGUCCUCCAGUCCAUCGACGAUCCAAUGGUUGUUGUGGCUGUGGUUGGUGCUGCACGUACAGGGAAGUCCUAUCUCCUGAACUGUCUCGCGGGAGAAAAGAAUGUAUUCUCAGUAGAUUCAACUGUCCAGUCUCACACUAAAGGAAUCUGGAUGUGGUUUCGAACCCUCCCUCAGAGACCCAAUGAGGUCCUCCUGUUGUUGGACACCGAGGGUCUGGGAGAUCCUGAGAAGGGAGACAUCCACAAUGAUCAUUCCAUCUAUUCACUGGCGGUCCUUCUGAGCAGCAUCUUCAUUUACAAUGGUCAAAAAAACAUCGACCAGCGAUCCCUGCAAGACCUACAUUUUGUGACUGAACUGUCGAAGCGGAUCCAGAUGAAGUCCCAGCCUGACGACUCUGACAGUUGGGAUUUUGUCCGUUUCUUCCCUGAAUUUGUCUGGCUGAUUCGUGAUAUGACUCUGAAAAUGACGAUUGAUGGAAUACCUGUGACUCCAAAUGAGUACCUAGAAUACAGUCUGAAAUUGAAGAACAGUGAGAUCAGAAAGCAGGACAAGGAAUAUAAUGAACUCCGCAGGUGUAUCCGCAAUCAUUUUCCCUCACGUUGCUGCUUUGCAUUUCCCUUUCCCACACACCCAAAUAAUGUUGGGCAGCUCCAGGAAUUGGAGGACAAGGAUCUGGAUGAGGGUUUUGUCAAGGAGCGGAAAAACCUCAACAAUUACAUUCACAACCACACAAAAGUCAAGAGGGUUGUUGGGGGUCACCUGGUCACGGGCAGGAGAUUUGUUGAAUUGGCCAAGGUGUACGUGGGCAUGAUGGCGGAUGGGGUCCUACCAUGUGUGGAGAGCAGUGUCGCCAGAGUAGUGGAGGUGGAAAAUAAAGCAGCAGCAGAUGACGCCCUGAAAUUCUAUGAUGAUUCAAUGAAAGAAUUCUCAGAAUCUAAUUGUUAUUCUGUGAGAAAACUCAUAGAACUAUACAAUAAGAGGAGUUUAGAGGCAUUCGAUAUGUUCCAGAAAAGAUCUAUGAACAACAACAGUGACAAACACAUCAAACAGCUGGAGGUGAGCUUCUAA